UUGCCAAAUAUCAAGGUUGAUAUCGUUCAAUAUCUCGAUUUUGAUUUAAAGAGACAUUCUCUUUGAUAUCUAGAGUGCUGAGAAUCAAGACGACAUCUUCCUGUUCACUACGUUGGUUCUCGGACAUGGACCAACAUAGUCGGACCCCCCCUCCACUACCCUCUCGAUCUGGUACAAACCACCCGAGGCCCAAUUCAGAGUCGAUUUCCCAUCCUCACCCGUAUCAGGGGACGCAUUCCGAAUUAUGGGCUUCAUCCGAUCCCCGUUCAUCAUCACAGCAGUCUCUCCUCCCUGCCGAAACCGAUCACGAGAGUCGGCGCAGGCUCCUGUUGAUUUAUAUCCAUGGCUUCAUGGGCAAUGAAACCAGUUUCUACAGCUUCCCUUCGCAUGUGCAUAAUCUCGUCAGCCUGUUAUUAGCGGAUAGUCAUGUUGUCCAUACCAAGAUCUAUCCUAGAUACAAGUCCAGAAGACAGAUUCAGUUUGCUCGAGACGAUUUCAGUAAUUGGCUCGCUCCACAUGAGUCUGGCUCAACCGAUGUCAUCCUCCUGGGUCACUCGAUGGGUGGACUCCUAGCGGCAGAAGUCGUUCUCAUGCCACCGGCAGAUCCCACUCGAGUUGACCAGUCGCUUCAACAUCGCAUAUUAGGGAAUAUUAAUUUUGACGUCCCCUUCCUGGGGAUGCAUCCCGGUGUGAUAAGCGCAGGACUUGGUUCUCUCUUUCGACCAAAAUAUGAGAAGCCGGCAGGGUCCUUAUCCCCAGAGCCUACUUCAGCGCAGGAUACCCCGUCAUUGUCGUCAUUUUCGUCCGAAACGACGGCAGAUACUAUCACUACUGCCUCGUCUCAUCCAACGAGGACGAAUACGAACUUUUCCACAGCAUCUAGCCAGUCUGACCCAAAUUUCAACGCUCCUUUCUUCAACGACGUCGUCCUACCAGUUAGAAAGGGAUGGGCUUCCACGUUGCACUUCAUUAACAAGCAUUCCGAGAAUCUCUCCAAAGGCGUCCGACACUAUGUUAUAUCCCAUGCCGAAUUUGGUGGUGCCAUGGCGGAUUACCCCGGGCUUAGACGCCGCUAUGAUAGGCUUCGCGGGCUGGAAGAGGAGGACGAACGGAGACGCUGUGCAGCCUUCGAAACCAUCCUACCCACUCCACGAGUACGUUUCUUGAACUACUACACGGCCAGUUCGGGAAGACCAAAGCCGCAAAGUCAAAGUGCGGAUGCUUCCAAAUCCAACGUGGCUGCUGAAGGUCGAGAGCCUCUGGACUCUUCGCUUCAUGUUCCGCCUUCGAACGAUCCAGUGGCGGGAUCCACCACACCACUGCAAUCCCCAUCUCGGAGCCCAAGGAUCAGCGUUGAGGAGUAUCGGGAUGGAAGUUUCGCCCCCAUUACGACUGAAGAGCGUCCUACUGGUCGCACAGUUGAUGGAUUGGACGAAGCAGCUGCAUCAACUGAUCAAGGCCAAGGGAAAGUAGUGGAAUCUUCGCCGUCCACGCCAGAAUUGAUGCCAAUACCACCAAUGAGCAUAGUCGAGCCAGACGAGACUGUAUUAAACGACGGUGCUUCCGAAACUGCCCGGGAAUCGAAUGUUCCGGGCCGUGAGCCGGAAGCUGAUUUGGAUAUGCUAACCCUUGAGGAAUCAAGUCAAAGCAAUCCGCAUACAAAUUCCCCAGAUUCACCUUUACAAGCACAAGGAGAGGAGCAACCCACCCCUUCCACACCGACUGACCGGCCGAAGAAGCCGGCCAAGGACCGCAAGUUCUGCGUUAUCCCGUCGGCAACCAUAACAACGGCUCGCGAUGGCACCCGCCAAAAAACACGCGAUCCGACGUGGGUGCGGGUAUACAUGCGCGGUGUAGACGAAGUGGAAGCGCACUGUGGACUCUUCAUCCCCGACUCGACGGACCAGAGCCUUCCUGCCAUUGAGUCGGGAGCAUUGUCGCCAGUGGGGGUGGAAGAUGAACGGGAGAGCGACAGGCCAGACCGGCAUUAUGAGCGGUUAGUAGGCGACGUGAGCGAACGGAUUGAGAGGUGGGUGAGAGAGGCUGAGGGUGAAAGGGUCGCAAGAUGGAUGAGUGGUUGAGGGCUCAGACGCCAAUGCUUCACGUAUUAGUUGACGAUACCCUAGUUAAUGAUUCAGAACUAUUAUGUGUUUGAGGU